UUGUUUGGGUUAGCUUCCGUUGAUUCGACCUCCGCUUUUGAGCUCUUAUCGUUUGCGAUCUGAUUCACGAAGCUUUAACAUGCACGUGCGAUUCGCCACCGAAAAUUCUAUUUCUGUGUAAUAUAGGCUACAUCUCGUUAAACAAACGACUGAGCUGAAGUAAUUAUGUCAUCGCCGAAAAGUGCUGCAGUUCUGCACACCUGCAGUAUGAUGCAGGCAGGAGUCUGUCUGAGACAGGACACUGAGACAACACUACCAGAGCUCACUGAGCAGCACAGGAUCAGACUGAAAGAAGAGGAACUCAGUGGACUGGAGUCAGAGACAGAGUGUGCUGUACCAGGACUCAACACACUGGAGCCAGAGUGUGUUAGUGCACACAGCGGGAUGUGGCAGAUGGGGAGAGGUGGAUCCGCAACCCAAUCAUCUAUAUGUCAAGCUUUCCAAAAAAAAUACUUCCACAAAGGAUGCGCUGAUGUUUCCUUGCUCAUAGGAAAAAAUGAGCUGCACUUCUGCACACCUUUGAGCAGCAGUAUGAUGCAGGCAGGAGUCUGUCUGAGACAGGACACUGAGACAACACUACCAGAGCUCACUGAGCAGCACAGGAUCAGACUGAAAGAAGAGGAACUCAGUGGACUGGAGUCAGAGACAGAGUGUGCUGCACCAGGACUCAACACACUGGAGCCAGAGUGUGUUACAGCACACAGCAGGGUCAGUGAUGGACACCACACACACACAUCAGUGAUAAAAACAGAAGCUGAUCUGGGCUCCACCCAGACUGGGGAUCUUAUUAAGACGGAGAGCCCUGAAAGGACAGAGCUGGGAUAUGUGACCCAUCUGCAUCCUGACCAAAUCAAAACAGAGGCUGAAGAUGGAGGAUACCUGAAGGCAGAACACAUCAGUGACUUGCAGGAUAUUAAAUGUGUCCAUAUUAAAUCUGAAGAAAUGAAGUGUGAAUCCAGUGAAAGUUUAGUGAGUGAUCUCAUGAACACCGGGAUGUCUGGAGCUGGUGAAAAACCCUACAAAUGUACUCAAUGUGGGAAGUCUUAUUCCAAAAGAAGUGUUUUAAAUACCCACAAGGCAAUUCAUACAGGUGAAAAGCCAUACAAGUGUAUUCAGUGUGGGAAGUGCUUUUGCAAGAAAUUUGAUUUAAAAAUCCACCUAAGAAGGCAUACAGGAGAAAAGCCGUACAAGUGUACUCCAUGUGGCAAGUGCUUUUCCACAACAUCAGAGUUAAAUGGCCACCAGAGAACUCAUACAGGUGAAAAGCCAUUCAAGUGCCAUCACUGUGGGAAGUCUUUUUCUAAAACAGGCAUUUUGAAUUGCCACAAGAUGGUCCAUACAGGUGAAUGGCCAUACAAAUGUGUUCAGUGUGGGAAGGGCUUUUUUAGAAAAUAUGAAUUCAAUGACCACCAGACAAUUCAUAAAGGUGAAAAACGCUACAAAUGUACUCAGUGUGAGAAGUGUUUUCAUAUGAAAUCUAGUUUAAAUCAACACCAGAUAAUCCAUAGUGGGAAAAAACCCUACAAAUGUAUUCAUUGUAGAAAGUGCUUUUUAAAAAAAUCUACUUUAAGUAGCCACCUCUCCUCAAGAGCUCAUUUUAAUAACCUCCAGAAGAAUCAUACUGGUGAAAAGCCCUAUAAAUGUACUCAGUGUGGGAAGUGCUUUUCAAAAAUAUCCCGUUUAAUUACCCAUCAGAGAAUUCAUUCCGGACAAAAGCCCUACACAUGUCCUCAGUGCGGGAAGUGCUUUGGCACAAAACCGGGUUUAUAUAACCACCAGAGAAUUCAUACAGGUGAGAAGCCUUACAAAUGUCCUCAGUGUGGGAAGUGCUUUUCCAGAAUGUACCACUUAACUAGGCACCAGAAAAUUCAUUCACGUGAAAAUUCCUACAAUUGCACUCAGUGUGGGAAGCGCUUUUUCAAAAUAUAUAAUUUAAAGAGCCACCAGAGAAUUCAUACAGGUGACAGGCCUUACAAAUGUACUCUGUGUGGGAAGUGCUUUUCCAGCAUAUCUCAUUUAAAGAGCCACCACACAGUUCAUACAGGUGAAAAGCCUUACAAAUGUACUCAGUGUGGGAAGUCAUUUUCCCAUUCAAGUAUGUUGAGUCGCCACAAGAGGAUUCAUACAGGUGAAAGGCUAUACAAAUGUACUCAGUGUGGGAAGUGUUUUUCCUAUCCAAGUCUUUUGAUUUUGCACAAGAGGAUUCAUACAGGAGAAAGGCCAUACAAAUGUAUUGAGUGUGGGAGGUGUUUUUCCCAAAAGGGUUCUUUAAGUCGUCAUAAGAGGAUUCAUACAGAUGAAUAGCCCUACAAGGUGAGAAGUGUUUUUGUACAAGAUGAUUUGUGUUAAAUGGUUUAUUAAAUCUAUUUUAACUACCAAUCAAACCAAUGUUCAAAUGGAUGAAAAACACGUUAAUUUUGUAUUCAGUGUGGGAAGUGUUUUAAUAUGAAAUGUUCUUCAGAUAUCCAUCUAGAAGGCAUAAAGAUUAACUACCUUGUUUGCACAGUCUGGGAGUUGUUUUUAAAGAAAACAUUGUUUAUAAAAUCUGUUAGUUGUUACCGGAGAAUUCCUCCAGGUGAAAAUGCUGGGUUCUGUGCCACUCUCUGUCCUCACAGGUAUGGCUGUGUAACAGAAAUAGGAGCCUCUGUCUCCUGUAUGUUCUGCUGAUGUACCUACAUGCAUUCAGGGGAGUUACGUGGUUUCUGCUUCCGUUGUCAGGGCUUCAGUGCCAGACUUUUACGUGUAGCAGGCAUUUCCUAAGUCAAAAAUAAAUUAUGUGUUGGGAGGUGUUUCCUUGGAUUCAAAAAAUAAUAAUUACAUUGUCUCUAAGGAAUUAAUGCAGAUGACAGGCUUUUCAUACAAAAUUUGUUUAGGUGAAAGGCUUGACAAAUUGUCAUUGCUGGAAGUAUUUUAUCAUGUCCUACUUACUGUGAUUUACUUUGUGUUAGUAAAAUAAUAUUUAAUUUAUACCAAAUUUUUUUUUCGUUUCAUUCAUUUUGUUUCAGAAAAAACAUUAUUUAACAAGUUUGAAUGAUUCCAUCUCGUGUAAAUGGAAUAUUGCAGGUGAUCUGUCAUCAGUCAUAAAUGUGAGAAUGUGCAUAAUGUUUCACGAUGUUCAUUUCGACUGCAAAUUAAAUUCAGAAAAAAAUGAA